CCUCCAAAUGCAAGACCGGCCUGGAGUCCCGCAACAGAGGAGGGCGGGGGAGGGGACUCUAGGCCGGCCGAGGCAGCAGGAUUCGAGGGUGGGGUGUCGCGCUUCUCCUCCCCCAUCUCCAACCCUCCUGCAAGGAACUUGCAAGUUUCCGAGCGGCACACAGUUCAUCAGGCGGAGCAACCUCCGAGCGGCCUCCCCCGCCCGCCCCGCCAGAGCCGCCUUUCUCCCCGGGGUCCAAUCCUGCCCCAGCUCCGCGCUCCUGGGGUGGGAGGGGGGACUUCAGCGCCCCCCCAAUCCCGUCAAGGCAGGGAGACACUCUGCACAUGCUCCGGGCUCUCUUGUUUGGACUGGCAGCCGAGACUGGGGCGGCGCUGCCUUCCGCUCCGCCGCUAGAGAGGCCCUCCUCUCCCCGGGACGGCCCAGCCCUGCCCUGCCGGGCGGCUGCGCUCUUCGUCUUCUCGGCAGCGGCCCCGCUCCCGCCUCCACGCUCGCCCCCUCCACCCCAGGCUUGGAGACGGGACUCUGCUGCGUCCUCGGAUGGGGGAGAGGCUGCUGCGGCUUGGCACAGAGUGGCAUGAGGCGUGGGACUCUUGCUCCCCCAAGUAGGACAGCCAUAUGCUGAGCCUGGAGAGCCCGCUCCCUGGCGGGGAGACCCUCGACCUCUGGGACCUUAGUGUGGACCCUGGCGAGAGGGAUGACCUCUGUGACGGUGAGGUGCCAGGCGACCUCUGCCCCUUCCUUACUGUCUACCAGUUGAAGCCGCUCCGCUCUCAGGGCCCCCUCUUUGCCAAAGGGGUGCCUGUCAUUGCUCGGGUGGAGGGCAGCGAGAGAUAUGCCAGCGGCUCCAAGGUGCGGCCAAACACAGUGUACUCCUUGCGGCUGACGCACGGCGAAUUCACCUGGACCGUGAAGAAGAAAUUCAAACACUUUCAGGAGCUCCAUUGGGAUCUGAUGAGACACCGGAUCCUCAUGAGCUUCCUUCCUCUGUCCCGGUUUGCUCUGCAAGGUUCCCAGUCGGAAGGAACAAUCCUGGGUUUGCCAUCUUUGCCCCAUGGGGGUGAAGUUUCCCGGCGCCCAUCCAGCAAACAGAAGCACCUGGAGAUGUACCUCAAUACCUUGCUGGAGAUGAACUUGUACCGGGAUCACCACGCAAUGACGGAGUUCCUGGACGUGAGCCAGCUCUCCUUCAUUCCGGAUCUGGGCCCCAAGGGCGUGGAGGGCAUGAUCCUGAAGCGGUCUGGGGGCCACCGUCUCCAGGGCCUUAACUGUGCAGGGCACCACCAGGUCUGCUAUCGCUGGUCAAAGAGGUGGCUGGUGGUGAAAGACUCCUUCCUUCUCUACCUGAAGCCAGAAUCCGGCACCAUCUCUUUUGUGCUGCUCUUUGACAACGGCUUCAACAUUCAGGUGGGCAAGAAGCCCACCGAGACCAAGUACGGGGUCCGUGUCGACAACACGUGCAGGUCGCUCAUCCUGAAGUGCAGCAGCUACCGGCAGGCACGCUGGUGGUGCCAGGAGAUCACCGAACUUGUUGAGGACAAAGGCAAAGACUUCCUGCGGCUGCAUCGCUACGAGGGGUUUGUGCCUCCUCGCAAGGAGACCCCUGCCCGCUGGUUUGUAAACGGUGCUGGAUAUUUUGCCGCUGUGGCUGAUGUGCUGAUGCAUGCCCAGGAAGAGAUCUUCAUCACGGACUGGUGGCUCAGCCCAGAGAUCUACAUGAAGCGCCCGGUUCAGUCCGAUGCCUGGAGGCUGGACCUCAUUUUGAAACACAAAGCGGAGCAAGGGGUGCAUGUCUGCGUCCUGCUCUUCAAGGAGGUAGAGCUGGCCCUCGGCAUCAACAGCGGCUACAGUAAGCGGGCCCUCAUGCUGCUGCACCCCAACAUCAAGGUAAUGCGCCACCCUGACCACGUCUCCUCCAUCGUGUUAUUGUGGGCCCACCACGAGAAGCUGGUGGUGGUGGACCAAUCCGUGGCCUUCCUGGGCGGGCUGGAUCUGGCCUAUGGGCGCUGGGACACCCACGAGUACCGCCUUGCAGACCUGGACGGGGACAACUGCCUUGGCAGCAAGGGCGGGGCUGCCCUACCUGGCAGGGACGAGGCCCGGUUGGACUUGGCCACUAACCAGCACCUCUGGCUGGGCAAGGAUUAUAGCAACCUCAUUGCCAAAGAUUGGGUGCAACUGGACAAGCCCUUUGAAGAUUUCAUUGACAGGUGCCAGACCCCUCGGAUGCCGUGGCGGGAUGUGGGGGUGGCUGUCCAUGGCAUGGCUGCACGGGAUGUUGCCCGGCAUUUCAUCCAGCGCUGGAACUUCACCAAGACGGUGAAGCCCAAGUACAAAGGGCCUGGCUUCCCCUACCUGCUGCCCAAGUCCCCUCGAGCGACCCCCCUGCAGCUGCCUUUUGCUGUGCCUGGUGCACAGACCACCAACGUCCAGGUGAGAGGCUGGGAGGUGUUGCGUUCGGUGGACCGUUGGUCAGCCGGCCUCCACGAGUGCUCAAUCUACAACGCCUACCUGAGCGUCAUUAAGGAUAGUCAGCAUUACCUGUACAUUGAGAAUCAGUUCUUCAUCAGCUGUGCAGAUGGGCGUUCGGUGCUCAACACGGUGGGAGACGCCAUCGUUGACCGAGUGCUACUUGCCCACAGUAAGAAGAAGCCAUUCAGGGUGUACGUCCUGCUGCCUCUGCUCCCCGGAUUUGAGGGGGACAUUGCGCAAGGGGGAGGAAACUCCAUCCAAGCCAUUUUGCACUUUACCUACCGGACAAUCUGCCGUGGAAAGGCGUCCAUCAUCAGUCGCCUCAAAGCAUCCAUGGGGGAGGACUGGAAGAACUACAUCUCUUUCUGCGGGCUGAGAACGCACGGGGAGCUGCAUGGCAAACUCCUUACGGAGCUGGUCUACAUCCACAGCAAGAUGCUCAUUGCUGAUGACCGGCGUGUCAUAAUUGGUUCAGCCAACAUUAAUGACCGGAGCCUGCUUGGGAAGCGGGACAGUGAACUGGCCGUCCUGGUGGAGGAUACGGAGCUCAUGACGUCCGUCAUGAAUGGGCAGGCAUACCAGGCAGGGAAGUUUGCUCUGAGCCUGCGUCUGGACUGCUUCAGGUGCAUUUUGGGGGUGACCUCUGACCUUGACAUUCAAGAUCCAAUCAGCGACUGCUUCUUCCAUGAGGUCUGGCAAGCCAGAGCUGUGUCCAACGCCAGCAUCUAUGACCAGGUCUUCCGCUGCCUCCCCACUGAUGCUGUGCAGUCUCACCGGGCCCUGCGGGAUUACGUCAGUGUGGAGAACUUGGCCUCAGUCAGCCCUGUCAUGGCUCACCGUCACCUGCAGAAGGUGCAAGGACACCUGGUUCAGUUCCCCCUCGAGUUCUUGGCUGAGGAGUCCCUCCUGCCCCCCCUCAACAGCAAGGAGGGCAUGAUCCCUGUGGAGGUGUGGACUUGAAACAAUGUGUGGAGGAGCCCCAAGGAAACAGGAGCAGAGCACACCGACUCCUGGCGAGCUGGCUUGUGCUCUGUGUAUGUGACCUGUGGGCCUGUCUCCACAGACCGACGGUGCAUUUCACCAGUGGGGUGCCUCUAUUUUGAUGCCCCACUGGGGGGUUGUCUGAUUUGUUAGCAAGAAAUGACUCUUGACUUCAGCCAGUCCUGGGUAACGGCCCAGCCUCUGGGAUAACUCCCCCCCCCCGAGACAUUAAUCACUUUAAAGCAGCCUCCCCCAACCUGGUGCCCUCCAGAUGUUUUGCACUACAAUUCCCAUCAGCCCCAGCCAGCACAAGACUGGUCUAACCCCCUGAAAGGCUUCCCCCUCCCCCACUUUGAGGAAAGGGUUGAGUUUUUUUCCAUCAUGAUCCAGCCUAGCCUCCCCUCCCUACUCUCCGGGCAAACAGCUCCAGCCUCUGCCAAAACACCCAUGGGCCCCUCUCCUCUUCAAAAUAUUCCAGGGGGUUGUGGUCUGGAGCUGGCCUCCUCAUCUCCUUUCUUCCUAACAGUUUACACCCCAUAGCUUGAUAACAUAGGCCUAGCUUCCCCUUAGACCUCCCUGUCCCUCUUUUGGGGUAUGCCUGUUUCAGAACAUCCGCGCUACAGGGUUAAUUCAGUUUGAAACUGUUUCAGCUAUAGCUCUCAUGCAAAGAAUUGCCGCCCUGGGCUCCUGCUGGGAGGAAGGGUGGGAUGUAAAUCAAAUAAUAAAUAAAAAUAAAUAAAAGAAUUGGGGAAAAUUUUAGUCUGUUGCGGCAUAAGCAACACAUAACAAAUGAUGGGCAACAUUAUUCCAUUGCAGCAACAAGUUGCUUUUUGUCAAGUUGCUUUGAGAUGUUUUUGUUUGAAAAAGAACUACUGAUAAAUGAAGUCAACAACAACUAGUUUUGUGGUACCUUAGAAGUAUUUUAAGGUGGUGCAAGGCUUUGUUGUUUUUUUCAGUACACUGUUUCACAGAGUGCUGUGGAGCAAAUCAUGCCAACUCUUACCUAGUUCCAUGUCUAGUGUAGUUGGGUACACCUUUGCUCCGUGAAGGGAUGGCAAAUGGCUCGAGGCAUUCUUAAUGCAAACAAGGGGGUCAUAACUUAGUGUGGUGGCACCUGCCCCUUGGAAUUCCCUCCCCUUAAAUAUUAGACAGGUUCUGUUAUCUUUUCGGCACCUAUUGAAGACCUUCCUCUUUCAACAAGCCAAGUUGAGACCUUAUCCCAGGCUGCGUCUGGAAUUGCUUUUUAAGACUUUUUAAACCUUUUUUAAAAAAUGUGUUUUUAACCUUUUUUAAAAGGUGUAUUGAAAGCAUUUUUUAAAAAUGUUUUUAAUAUAUAAUGUAUUUUAAAGUCUGUUUUAUGAUGUUUUAAAGCGUUUUUAGUGCUUUUGUUUGCCACCCUGGGCUCCUGCUGGGAGGAAGGGCGGGAUAAAAAUCAAAUACUAAAUAAAUAAAUAAAUAUAAACUCUA